CAGGUGGAAGAAGACACUGGGAAUCUAGAGACCUUAGGUCCUGGUGCAGGAAGGGGUGGCGUCCAAGAUGUUCAGUUCUCUUGUGGAUGCUGGCUCCAUGGCUCCAAGCCGGAGGCUGUGGAGGACUGCCAUGGGUUCUGACCUCAGCUAUUUCUCACCCCAGGGUGAAGGUGGGACCAGACCCGCCCUUCCCCAGCUUCCUAUAAGGGCAGAGGACCUGGGACUACAGGUUCACACACCAUGAGGCUGUCUAGAAGACACGGGACCUUUCUGCUGGCGUUCACACUGCUCUGCACCCUCUGGGGUCUUGGGGCCCCUCUAAUCUGUGAGGUGUGCAAAGGCUCCGGGCACACUUGCAGCGGGAAAAUGAAGACCUGUGAAGCCGGCAAAGACGCAUGUGUGGUUCUCGUGGGCGAGUCCAGCACAAAGGGCCGGAAGUCAGUGAGCACCUUCAAGGCCUGCAUGAAGUUCAGAGACUGCUACUCAGGCUUCGUAUCCACCACCAUGAGUCCCAAUGACUACAUGGUGUCCAACGCCCACUGUUGUCAGAGCGACGGCUGCAACCGCGGCUCGGUGCCCCCUCCGCCGAACAAUCGAACCGAGAACGGCCUGAUGUGCCCCUCCUGCAUCGCGCCCUUCCAGGAGACGUGUCCCGGAACCCAGGCAGCCCGCUGCGUGGGCCCGGAGACACACUGCAUCUAUUUUGCUGGCAAUGUGCAGGCUGGUAUUAUCAACACAAAAUUUGCCACGAGGGGCUGUGCUACCGAGAGCGCCUGCCAUACUAAGACUGGAGCGGAAGUGCCUUCGGCCUCCUACCUCUACUUCCUGCGCCGGGCCGACUGCCUUCCAGCCCCCUACCCCCCUGGCAGGGGUGAGUGAAGAGCUAAGGGGUGUGUGCCUUGAGGUCCCCAUUUGUCCUCAGCCUACAGCUCUCCAGGCGCCCGUGAAUUAAAACAUGAACAGAGCAAACCCCA